AAUCGCCACGGCUCAUCUGCAUUCGCCCUCCUCCCAGUCCUGCCUGCUCCUCCUCCUCCCAAUCCCUACUCCGCCGGAGCGCGGCUCUGCGCCGCCACCCUGGAACGGGCAGCGUCGGGAGAGCCGCCGAGCCGGGGCUGCCCAGGGAGAUGCCGCUGGAGGAUGGGGACCCGGUGAGGCCGAGGAGACGGCAGGUCAACGCUGAGGUCAGCGCUAUCCCCCGGCUCAGGGGGAUGGGGGACCCCUCGCUCCGGGGCACGACAGCACCUGGUGGCAGCAGGAUAGACGUGAUGGCCGAGGGCUGGGAGCCGGGGCCAGCACUGGGUGAUGGGGAUGUGACCCCCGGGGGAGCCCCACAGCGAGCAUGGCAGCCCGAGGAAGCCCUGAUGACCGAGCUUUCGGAGCUGGUGCAGAAGGUGGUGAACAGCAGCAGCUGGUGGGAACGGCACGGCGUGGACAUCAGCAUCCUUGCCUGCAGCUUCCUUCUGCUCCCAGCAGGGUUCCUGUGCCUGCGGUCAGCCCAGGCCAUCCCUUUCCUGGCAGGUGUCCUCACCCUUGGUGUGGUGCAUCACACCCUGACCAUCAAGGGCAGCCACCUGGCCAGCCACAAUGCCUUGACUGAGUCCAAGUUCUGGAGCAAAGUGUGGGCUAUCUUCUUCAUUGAGCUCUGCUCAGCUUUCACAGUCGAGCAGGCCACCUACAACCAUGUGAAGAUUCACCACGGCUACACCAACAUCAUUGGCCUGGGGGACUCCAGCACGUGGAAACUUCCUUUCCUGAACCGCUACGUUUACAUGUUCAUCGCUCCUCUCGCAGUGCCCAUCCUGACCCCUCUGGUUGCCCUUGAUUUAUUGAGGAACGUGGAGUGGAAGGCAGCUCUCCGGACCCUCUGCUGCAUGUUUCUGGGGUUUUACUACCAUUACUGGCUCCUGCUCCACGUCUCAGGCUUCCAGUCGCCGUGGUCCGCCCUGCUCUGCAUGCUGGUCACCCGCUCCCUCCUGGCCCAUCCCUACAUCCAUGUCAACAUAUUCCAGCACAUUGGCCUCCCCAUGUUUGCGGCCAAUCGCAAACCCAAGCGGAUCCACCUCAUGAGCCUGGGUGUCCUCAACCUGCCCCGCAACCCCCUCCUCGACUGGUCCUUCGGCCACUCGCUCAUCAGCUGCCAUGUGGAGCAUCACCUCUUCCCCAGCCUCUCUGACAACAUGUGCCUGAAGAUCAAACCCAUCGUCUCCCAGUACCUGAAGCAGAAGAAGCUGCCCUACAACGAGGACACCUACAGCUCCAGGCUCUGGCUCUUCCUCCAGAGAUACGAGGAGCUGAUGGUCCAUGCUCCCCCCAUAACGGAGCUGGUGGGCAUCCAGUGAGGACCCUGGGGGCUGCAGCACUUGGGGGGGCUGUUUCCUGCAGGGACAUUCAGAGGGAUGGUUCUAGCAGGACCAACACCUCCAUGAAGUCACUGUGUAGGAAACAUCUCUCCCUGAAGUCUUGCUUUUGACUAGAAAAUGGUGCAGAGAGCCAUUGCAGGGAGAGAGCCAGGUGGUGCAGCACCUGGGACAGAAAAAUCAGGGUUCCCCACAGUCAUCCCCAGCCAGGGCUUACUUUUAUCCACUCUGCCUUGACCCUUGGGGAGAGGAAACCACCCCAUCCGUGGGGGAUGCGGCACCCCAUCCAGGACAUCCAGAACUGAGAAGCACCAGGAUCUGUAGGAUGGAGCUGCAGCUGUUUGGUCGGGGUCUCAGAGAAAGGGUGGAUGUGGGGAGGGGGCUGUGAUUCUUCUGCUUGUGCUUUGCCUGACUUUGGGCUAAACUAGGAACAAAGAUUUGUUUCAAAGAUAAGUUCAGCCUUAA